AUGGGAGGCCCAUAUCCUUCAAAGACGGCCGGGAUAGGUGGCGUCCCGACAGUCACCACGGACGUCCCAGCCGACGCGGUCUUCAUCUUUCUAUACGUCUGUUUCGCAGCAACAAACAUGACCAUAUUUCAACUCAACCGCCGCAAAAACCACAAAUUCCUCCCAUCGGGGCUCAUGUUUGGCUUCUGUAUGGCCAGGAUAGCCACCCUGUGUCUGCGGAUCUCCUGGGCGACAUCACCGCAUAACGUUCGAUUGGCCAUUGCUGCACAAAUCUUUGUGAAUGCAGGCAUCCUGAUAGUCUACAUCAUCAACUUGAUCCUGGCACAACGCAUCCUACGAGCCUCCCAGCCACGGAUUGGAUGGAACCCUAUCUUGCGAGCCGCUUACAAGUUCCUAUACAUCGGCAUCGCUGCCGCACUCAUCAUGGUCAUCACGUCCGUCGUCCUAUCCUCCUAUACGCUCAAUCCGCACACCAGAUCUGCUUGUCGAGACAUCCAACUGGCUGCGAUCACUUAUCUUCUUGUAUUCACCUGCCUCCCUGUCAUCCACACUGCAGUGGCGGCUAUAUUGCCGACGUCGCAAGAUGCAGAGAAUUUCGGACAAGGGGGCAUGAAGAGCAAGUUGGUCAUUGUGACCUGUUCGGGGUGUCUAUGCAUGUUGAUAGCAGGGUUCAAGGCCGGCAUCACCUGGGAAACUCCACGACCAGUCACCAACCCACCUUGGUAUGACUCUAAAGCCUGUUUCUACGUCUUCAACUUCACGCUCGAGAUCAUCCUGCUUGCCCUGUUGACAUUUUCCCGAAUCGAUAAGAGAUUCUAUAUUCCUAAUGGAUCAACAAAGCCCGGAGACUACAGUCGACUCUCAGAAGGAGGCGAGCAGAAGACAGAGCAUGCCAUGUGGUACGCAGGGUCUCAAGAGACCGAGAAGGUCUGA